AUGCCUCGCAUGGCGGAACGCCUUGCGAACACCUUCGCGGGUUCAGACAAUAAUUCAGUCAAUCUCUACCAAUUACCUUCAUCUCAUGUCGUCAUACGCUCACCAGCAAAUUCAAUCUCUCUUUCGCCGCGCUCUCCAUCACCGACCAAUCGAAGGUUCACUCUCAUCGAGACUUCUUCUGGAGUGUUGGAGUUGGAUAGCGAGAAAAAUGAUCUCCUUGAUAUUGUAAGGGAAGCUAACAUGGAUGGCGUACGCCACCUGAAAGCGAGCGAUCCACUCUCCAGAUACAUAUGGUGUUUCAUUAUUGUAAUAUUCGUUAUACUUGCUCUUGUCCAAAUUUAUUUCCAAUUAGCAUUAUUCUAUUCGGAACCGGUAGCCACCAAUAUUCAGGCGGAAUAUCCUUCUUCCAUUGCUUUCCCCACUGUUGCAAUAUGUAACAACAAUCAGUUCAGAUUGACCUACAUUACGGGUGCAAGAAUACUCAACAGGCGGGCACGAGCAAGUAACGGUACCCUGAAAUCCUUAGCAGGGAAACCGAGGAAUAUCUUUGAAGAGGUAAUAGAACGAAGUUGGGACAUGGAUGCGGUCCGUUUCCUUCGCAACGCAGCACAUUGGAAGUCUAGAAUGAUUCUGGGAUGUACAUGGCCCAAUGGAACAAGUUGUCGUCUAAGCGACUUUAAGCCCGUUUGGACGUUGACCGGGUUGUGUUGGGCGAUAAAUACAGACCCUAAAAAUCCUCUACAAGUUGUAGGAAGUGGUGUGGGACAUUCUAUUCGACUUCUUCUUAACGUUGAAACUUAUGAGAGAGUCGACGCCUGCACAACACAUUUCCGCACGAAGUCACUUCCUGGACUGAAAAUUCUUAUCUACAAUCAGACAAGUCAACCGCUCACGAGUCACAACGGCGUCAACAUCCCUUCUGGCUAUGCCAUGGAUAUUCGGUUCCGGAUGCAACACCAUAUCCGCCUGCCAGGACAGCAUUGCACUACUGAAACUCCUGAGCACAUGGAGGCUGCUCAAGACUUCAAUUCCUCACUCAACAUACGCACGUGCGAAGUGCGCAAAAUACUGAGGGAGAUUGAGUACGAGUGCGAGUGCUCUAUGGCUAGAGCCUUCACUGAUCCACAAAUAGGUUUGAUUUCGUACUUCGUUUCGUGUGAAUUCGACUGCCUACAAAACUUCUUAUUCCUCUCAGCAUCAGUGAAGCCUUGUAGUGUUGAUGACUAUUUCGGUUGUGUCCGCGCAGUUGUGAGUAAGGCUAUGGAAGAGGGUGCGAGGAGAGACUGCCUUCCACCUUGCGAAUCCGUUGACUAUACACCAUGGCAGGACCUCAACAGACUUCCUCAGAAUUUGAUGCCAGCUCUAAUCGAAGGUCAUGAAGAAGAAGAUGAGUCAGACGUGGAGCAAGACGAUAUGGAGGAAGAAGUGAGGGAAUAG